AUGCCUAAAACGCUCGUCACAGGUGCAAACGGCUUUGUGGCCGCGUCCAUCAUCGAUGCCCUCAUCCUUCAAUAUGGCCACACUGUCACUGGUUCAGUGAGAACUCUUUCAAAAGGCGAACAGAUUAUUGCUACUCAUCCAGAGUAUGCUGGCAAACUCGACUUUGUUGUUGUGAGUGAUUAUGCCAAGGAAGGCACCUGGGACAAGACCUUCCAGGAGGGGAACUUUGACUAUGUGAUCCAUACUGCAGCUCCUCUGCUUGAUAAUCUGGAAAAUACGGAUUUCGUGAAGCAUUACUUGGAACCUAGUGUUCACGGAGCGACCGAACUUCUGAAAUCGGCAAAAGCAUAUGGGAAGUCGGUGAAGGCUAUCGUAGUGACCGGGUCUUGCAAUGCCAUGACCACAGGAAUGGACGUAGAUAGUCGAGUCUUCUCAUCCGACUCCUGGCUCCCUGUGACCAUUGACGACGCCAUCAAAGCACAACAUCCCUACAUCUCGUACUGUGUCGCUAAAGCGGAGAGCGAGAAAGCCAUCUGGAAAUUUGUGAAAGAAGAGAAGCCCGUGUUCUCAGUCACGAAUCUCUUACCUUGUUUGAUUUUCGGUCCGCCGCUUCAGCCUGUGCAGAGCUUGAAGAAGAUCAAUUAUAGCAACGAUGUUUUCUAUUCGUUGUUUAAUGGGACUUAUGAAGUCACACCGGAUACUUCGUUUCCUUCUUACAUUGACGUCCGCGACCUAGCAACAGCUCACAUACUGUCGCUGACCACCCCAGCCGUCUUCAAUCAACGACUUGCAGUCGGUGGCGCUCAAUAUUCUUCUCAACUUGCUGUUGAUUCUUUGAAGAAAGUCCCAGAGGUUGCAUCCAGACUGCCUAAAGAUGGCUCUGAAGUACCUAAGAAGUUUGUUAUUACGGAUGUGGAAAAGUGGAAUGAGGCCUUGGGGCUUAAGUUGAGGACUGCGGAAGAGACUUUUGGGGAUGCUGCGAGGAAGAUUUUGGAGUUGGAGAAGAUUUUGGGUGGAAAGUAG